UCCCUUUUAUUCAGUAAAAACAACAUCUCACCUUCUUUCUUUAGUCCAAGUGCUGCUGGAGCACGUUUGAGUGACCAUGGAGUGCACAUUUGCUUGUCAUGUAGUUCAGCGUUAACACAGCGUGAAUAUUAGCAGAAGAGGAGUGGACUUGUAUUGUGUUUUUCUCUCUCCUCCGGUCGUGGAUACUUGGAGGAGCCACAGUGGAGCCAUGGCUGCACGGGAGGACGGAGGAGAGCAGCUCCUGCACAGUAAAACAAGGCACCACGACGGAGGAGCUGCUGCUGGAAGUGUAAACAGCUCAGAGGGCUUCAGGAACGGCUAUGUGAAGAGCUGCGUCACCCCUCUCAAACAGGACCACCACAGGGGCUUUCUGUUCAACGUGUGCAGGUUUUGCAACGAAGAUAUCCUCAACUCAAAACUGUUAAAGGUGUCUGCCCUCUACGUCGGCGCCUUUGUGAUCUUCGCGGUUUCUUUCCUCAUUUCUAGGAGCUUGCAAAGUGACUCGCUUUGGGAUUUGCGGACUUUUCUGCAGGGUUUCUCCCAGUCCAUCAGCCCUUUAUUCAGCAUAGGAUGCGCUUUCUUCUUCCUCACGUUUUACCUGCGGAGGAAGAAGAAGGAGAGCAGCAAAUGCUGGCUGGUGUCGCUGCCAGCAUCGUGUUACCUCGGGGAUUUCAUGGUGUUGCGGUUCUUGCAAUGGGGAGAGGACCAGCACCAGAUGCAAAUGGUGGGCAGGUUGUUAUUCGUGUUGGGAUGCGUGGGUCUGCUCACCCUUAUCCCCACUCUCAAACUCAAACACAGCGUCCUCGUACUGGUGUUCGCCAGCGUGGUGUGGCUGGUUUCUUUCACAAGUUUGAGCGGUCUGCCGGCGCUGCUCAGACCGCUCUUCGCCUGCUUCGCCGGGGUGUCGGGCUCUCUGUUGGGGCUCUGCUUUGACCGCUACUACCCGACGAGGGAGGCACCGAGUGGGGUCUCCACGGCGGAGGAAAAAGUCCCCGUGAUCAGACCCAGGAGACGGUCCAGUUGUGUUUCACUGGGGGAGACGUCGACCAGCUAUUAUGGCAGUUGUAAAAUGCCUCGCAGACCUUCGUUGCCCUGUAUAUCCAGAGAGCAGAUGAUCUUGUGGGACUGGGAUCUGAAACACUGGUACAAGCCACAGUAUCAGGGUGCGGUGAGCGGUAACGGCGUGGAUCUCUCCGUCAUCAACGAGGCCAGGAACCUGGUAUCAGACCUGCUGAUGGACUCCUCUCUGACGCCACACACCAUCUCAGCCCUGCGCAGCAUCUCAAGCCUCAUGGGGACGUUUUCAGGCUCAUGCCGCCCCAGGGUCAACCCCUUCACCCCCUUCCCAGGUUUCUACCCCUGCGAUGAGGUGGAGGACUCUGUGGAGAGGAGCGACAGGAAAACCAUUAAGGGUUUGAGCAGCAGAAACAGCCUCCCCACCCCUCAGCCCAGGCGGAGCUCCACCUCCUCCUCCUCCUCCUCCGCACUCCCUCCUCUUGACCCCACCUCUUUACGCUGGGAACGCAACACCGGCAAGAGACCCCACCCUGACCUCAACUUGACCAGCUCAGGUCUGUCUAAUGGGCCCAAUCCAAACCUGCUCACCAUUCCCAAGCAGAGGUCUUCCUCUGUCACCCUCACCUACCACGCAGGGUCCCGGAGAGCAGGCGCCUCUCCCAGCCUGAGCCCAGUCACCUCACCAAGCCACGGUCUUCUCGGAGUAGGUUCUUCAUCGUCCCUCGUCACCCGAUCGCCCGUGGAGUUCCCGGACACAGCUGACUUCCUGACAAAGCCGAGCGUCAAUCUGAACCUGCACAAGUCGUUGGGCUACACCCUCAGCUCACCUGAUUUCCAGCAGGCCUUCCGUAGCCCCACCUUCCCUCUGUGCACCAGCUGUGGUCGUCAGAUGCUCAAGGGAGUUUCCAGCGGUGAUGCGGGGGAAUCUUAUCAGCCAUUCGCCAGUGAGGCUCAACGCAGGCGCUCAGCAGGCGAAGGGUUGGAGUUCAGCGGAGAGCCUCUGAUCAGGGAGGAGAGCGUGGAAGCGGAGGCGUCUGGGGACGGGAGACCAGACGCUGCAGGAAACCUGGCAGAGGACGAGGAGAAGAAGAGCUCGAGCACAGACCAGCAGACUCAGGAAUCAGCGGGAGAGCAGGAGCUCAGACUAGAUCCUAUGCUGGAGGACCACGAAGCUCUCAUGGAGAGGAUGAACACCUGGAACUUCCAGAUCUUUGACCUGGUGGACCGAACAGGAGGGAAGAGCGGGAGAAUACUCAGCUAUGUGACAUACACCCUUUUCCAGGAUACGUGUCUGUUUGAAAUUUUCAAGAUCCCUGUGAGGGAGUUCAUGACAUACUUCUGUGCUCUGGAAAGUGGCUACAGAGACAUUCCCUAUCAUAACAGGGUCCAUGCUACUGAUGUGCUCCACGCUGUCUGGUACCUGACCACUCGACCAAUCCCUGGGUUCCAGCAGAUUCACAGUGAGCAUGUGACAGGAAGUGAUACAGACUCAGAUAGCGGGAUCUCUCCAGGCAGGAUAUCCUACGCCUCCUCCAAAAGCUCCUCCAUUUCAGACGACAGCUACGGCUGCCUGGCCUGGAACAUACCUGCCCUGGAGCUCAUGGCCCUUUAUGUAGCAGCUGCAAUGCACGACUAUGACCACCCCGGUCGCACAAAUGCCUUUCUAGUAGCCACUAAUGCAUCUCAGGCGGUGCUCUACAAUGACAGGUCGGUGCUGGAGAACCACCACGCUGCGUCUGCCUGGAGCCUCUACCUGUCCCAGCCCGAGUUCAACUUCCUGGUCAACCUGGAUCACGUGGAGUUCAAGCGCUUUCGCUUCCUCGUCAUCGAGGCUAUACUGGCCACAGACCUCAAGAAGCAUUUUGACUUCCUGGCUGAGUUCAAUGCCAAGGUGAACGAUGUGAACAGUCCAGGAAUUGAUUGGACCAAUGAGAAUGACCGGCUGCUGGUGUGCCAAGUGUGUAUCAAGUUGGCUGACAUCAACGGGCCGGCCAAAGUUCGUGACCUGCACCUCAAGUGGACAGAAGGCAUCGUCAAUGAGUUUUAUGAGCAGGGUGAUGAGGAGGCUCGGUUGGGAUUACCCAUCAGCCCCUUCAUGGACCGCUCCUCCCCGCAGCUGGCGAAGCUUCAGGAGUCCUUCAUCACUCACAUUGUAGGACCACUUUGUAACUCCUACGACGCCGCCGGCCUUCUUCCUGGCCACUGGAUUAAUGAAGCGGGAUCAGAUGAAGAUGAUGAGGAGGGGCAGGUGGACACAGACACAGAUGAAGAUGAGGAUGAAGAUGAUGAACUAGAUGACGAGCUGGCACCAAAAAGGAGGAAGAGCCGCCGCAGGUUGUUCUGUAGCAUCAUGCAGCACCUGACGGAGAACCACAAGGUGUGGAAGAAGACCAUAGAGGAGGAGGAGAAGAGCAAAGAGCAGCAGCCCGACGGCCUCCUCCCCAGCCUGCCGGCCAGCCUGCCCACCUCCCCGUCAGAUGACAUCCAGGUCAUCCAGGAGGAGGAGGAGGGAGAGGAGCGUCAGUAGCAUGGGGACGAAGGAAAGAACAGAUACGCGUGAAGAAGAAGAAGAAGAGGAGAGGCAGUACAAAGACAUGAGUCCCUCAACCACCUGCCUUUCACAAACAGACAUGAGAAACACACAGACAGUUGACAAAUGCACAUAAAACACACUUUGCUCCCUCUCUCUCUCUCUCUCUCUCUCUCUCUCUCUCUCUCUCCCUCACACACACAUAUUGAAAGAUUCACUGUGCAGACACUCAGAUGCUUAAGCAGUCACAUUGUUUUUUUGGAGAAACAAAAAGGCCUUACUACUGUGAGCGGAUCCUUGCUGCAACGGUUGUUGCCCAACUCCUAUGCACUUUCACCCCAUGGAGAAAAAAAAGCACCAGAACUGAGGAAGAGGAAAGGUGCAGAAGAAGAAGAAGAAGAAAAGUGUGGAGGGACAGGGUCCAGCAUUAACUUGCCCUCCAUGGUGACCUGGCUGUGAUGCUGCCUUGAAUGCAAAGCGCUUACACGACCUCCCUUAGGUACAAAACAAUUCCCGUCUAUUUAAAAACGAAAAGGUAGAGGAGAAAUAAUGAAGCAUCACGAAGCGAUUGAUACCCUUUACCAAAGCGAACAGUUCAAAACACGGAAAGACAAGAGACUGAGACUGUUUCAGCCUCAAUGUCAGGUAUAUUUUUGAAUUAUAUAUAUACAUAUAUAUAUCAAAUGUGCCUGUCUGAACUUUUACUGAGUCCAUAUCGGCCCAGAGCCUCGGCUUGUGUAGUUCUCUCUCUCCUUGCUGGCGACACGAAACACUGUAUCAGACUCAGUCACAGAGACAUUAUUGAAAUGUUGACUGAUUAAUAGCAUUAUAUCUGCAUCAUUUUUGAUGCUUUUACUCAUGUGUACCACCCGUCUUUUCAUUUUUUGUUUUUCUUUAACUCUCCUAGCUUCAUUUUUGUUUGAGUGCGUGAAUAUUUUUGGAGGGAAUGUGACAGAGAGAAUGAGUAGGGAGAAAGAGAGCACAUUUUUAAUUAUUAUUAGUAUGUAAUUUGUGUGUAUGUCUGUGUGUCCUUUCAGUAAUGGUUUCUAAUCAGUGAAAUGUCCUCUGGCGUUUUAACAUGUUGAGAUCAGGAGUGCUGUGUCAAUGAAUGGAUUCUUCAUUUUCCUUUCUUUUUUUUUUUUUGAUUCUAAGUAUUUUUUUAAAGGUUACUCAGGAUUCACGCAAAGUUGAAUAAUUAUUUUGCAAGAAUUUAUGUCAUUAAUAUGAAAUACACUUUAAAAAAGUAAGAAAAUUAAAAAAUCUGGGUGACUGAAGUAGUUUGUAAUCUCUUAAUGAACAACUUGACUACAAACCAAUUCCAGCAAUUGAUAUCCUCCGUGACGGAGGAGCAUACAGCAUGUGCUGUCUCUUGGCCAUUCAUACACUGUUUGCAUAACCUUUUUACAACCUCACUGGAGAAACGCUUAUCUUGAUUGUUAGCAGACUGCAAACGUCUCUCCUGCAGCAACACAAUUUUGCAGUUCUAUAACAGUAUAUUAGUUAAUUUCUUUAUUAAAUUCACUCUGUUUUUAAGCAAACAGUACAAUGUCUAUUCAUCUGUUUCAGUCAGCAGGCAAACACUGAUGUUUAGACUAAUUGAAAUCUCACCCAUCUCUCUUUUUCCUUAUUUUUUUUGUUUUUUUGUCGCCAAACCCAUAACUCGGCCAGUGUGUAAAGAAGGGAUCCAGGGUUCGUUUCACUUUGGUUUUAAGAGGUUAAAAAACUACUAGUUCUCUAUUUUUGUCUCUAAGAACUCUUGGCAUUCCACUAGAAUAAGACGUUUUAUGAAAGGGAAGGCACAAUUGUUGCCUAUAGCUCCUUUAUCACCUUAUUAAAUCAUAAUAAUCUCUGGAAAAAAUGUUAAGUAAGCAGUGUAAAUCAAGAUAGUACUAUUUAAAGACAACAACAAUAGAUACAGGUGUGCACAUUUUAAUACCAAACAAGUGUUUAGCCGCUGUACAAAAGAGUAUGUGCAUAUAAAUAUAUAUUUUUUAAAUAAUCAAAUGAAUGCAUCUGUUUUCUACACGCAGCUGACAUGUUGUAUAUUGAGAUUCUGUAAUUACCAUUGUGUUUCCAGAGUUUUUAUCUACUUCUACUUACAGGUGUGGAACUGUGGGGGUUUGGUGUUUUGAUUUUUCACUUCCUCUCCCUGUUCUGCAUCAUAACCACUCUUGUAUUCUUCAUUAUCUCUAUCACUGUCGUCUCAGUCGACCCAACUCGUGCCAAACUUUACCUACAGAACAGUAGUUUGUGGGCUGUGAUACGCUGAUUGGCAAAACCUCUCUGGGCUCCAGUACUGUUCAUGCAAGAGAAACACCUCGAGUCAAAUAUUCCACCAGGCUCGGAGUGGCAGUGACGGUGGCGAGAGUCAGAGUUGGACUCAGGUCAGAGCCAUAUACAUUCUGACAACUCAGUUUUUUUCACAUGGACCCAUGCUGGAUCAUAAAGCCUCGGUAGCUCCCGACCCGACAUGCUCCGGCUCAUUAAGUUGUAAAGGUUUGUUGGCUUCUCACUGUGCAGUCUUUCAAACCACAGUGUCCUCCGAUGAUUGUGCCAUAAACACAUCUAUGAAUGGUUGUUACCCUUAUGUAGCAUCAAUAUACGUACGUUUGUCUAAUGUAACCAUUCACCCUUAUCUACAUUGUGGGGGCAACUGAUUUUUGUUGUUAUUUAUAGCUGUCAUAAAACACCAUCCUUAAAGUA